CCGCCCUCUUCCCUCGCCCUCGGGGUCGCCGCCGCCGCCGUUGCGCGCCUUCGCCGUUUCCCAACUCCCUCCCAGCCGCCGCGUUUGUGCGCGCAGGAGACGGAGGCCGCCGCCACCCUCUCUCUUCCCCCUCCGUGGUGCGUGCAGCUGGCUUCCAUAGGGCAGACCCAGUUUGCCUCGAUCCCUCCUUCCCUUACUCUGCCUCUUUCUCUCCCUCUCCAUUGGAGAACUCGCGUGUGACCUUUGUUGCCGUUGCGCUUUGCCUCAGCCUUCAGGGCUGCUUGGCCUGCCUCCAUCUCCCGGGCCUGUUUCCCUCCCUCCAGCAGUUCUGGCCCUCUUUCCUUCUCUCUCUCUCUUUCUCCCCCUUCCUUAAACACCUGCUGCUGCUCAGAGGAGCUUUUAGUUUUUUCUCCCCCCACCCCCAUUGCCCCCAAACAGUGAGGCUUAGGAUCUGUUUUAAGAGUUGGAAAGUGAAUGUUAUUUUGCUCGCUUUGCUGGCAAGGCUGCCCACAACUCUCUCUCCCCCCCCAUCAUUUCCUUUUGAAACCCCUCGUUUUUUAUAAACAACAACAACAACAGGCCUCUAAAUAGGUUUUUAUUUGGAUGAGAUGAAAGUGACGGUUUGCUUUGGCAAGACGGGGAUUGUGGUUCCCUGUAAAGAUGGACAGAUCCCGGUUAGAGACUUAACACAGCAGGCUCUCCAGAGAUACCUGAGAACCAAAGAAAAGGAUCCUUCGUAUUGGGUGAAUAUUCACCAUCUGGAAUACACAGAUGGAGGAAUCCUGGACCCAGAUGACAUCCUGGCAGAUGUUGUGGAAGACAAAGAUAAGUUGAUUGCUGUGUACGACGAGCAAGAGUCCGUCUCCAAGUCUGAGGACGCCAGUGCUAGUUUGACAAAUGGAAACAGCCCUGAUGCUUUCGAGACGGAUGUAGCUGCCCAGCUGGCUGCAUUUCAGCCAAUCAGAGGAGAGAUUGAAGUGACACCCUCCGCUUUGAGACUAGGGACACCACUUUUGGUGAGAAGGAGCAGUGAUCCAGCCUUAGGCCCACCUGUUGAAUUUGCUGCUGGAGCUUUGAAUGCCAAUGAACAUGUUCUGAAGACAUCUGUGACAGGUUUGACCCACUCGUCUUCAGAAGAUUGGGAUCUUGCUGCACACAGCGAAGUGCUGGCGUCUCAGAAAACAAAAUUCAUUUUCAAUGGUGUGACAAGAGCGGUAGAGAUUUCUGGGGAAGGCGGGCCGCUGGGGAUCCAUGUGGUACCAUAUCUUUCAUCAUUAAGCGGAAGGAUACUCGGGCUUUAUAUCCGUGGCAUUGAGGAGAACAGCCGAACUAAGAGGGAUGGACUUUUACUUGAAAAUGAGUGUAUUGUGAAAAUUAACGACACAGAACUUGCAGAUAAAACCUUUGCACAAGCGCAAGAUAUCUUUCGGCUAGCCAUGAAAUACCAGACUAUCGUCUUGGAAGUGGUUCCUCCGCACAGCCGUGAACAAUAUGAAAAGUCCGCCAUCGCACCUUUAUAUCCAGCAGAUAACGCGGAACAUGUUUCGAGAGCAAAGGUUCCACCUCCCAUCUAUGCAAAGCCAAUGACAAGGGAAGUGGACUUGUCCGGAACAAACCACUUGGAGUCGGGGGUGCAUCCUGCCAAGAGUCCCAACUUUUCAAGAGUUAGUAGGAAGCCAUCAUCACCCACCUUAUCGCCCCUGAUGGGUUUUGGCAGCAAGAAGAAUGCAAAACGGAUAAGGAUAGAUCUCAAGAAAGGGCCUGAAGGACUUGGUUUCACUGUGGUUACCAGAGACUCCUCAGUUCAUGGUCCAGGUCCUAUAUUUGUGAAAAGCAUUUUACCUCGUGGCGCAGCAGUUAAAGAUGGCCGCUUGCAGUCAGGAGACAGAAUACUGGAGGUGAAUGGCAGAGACAUCACUGGCAGAACCCAGGAGGAGCUUGUCAGUAUGCUGAGGACCACAAAGCAAGGAGAGAUCGUCUCCCUCACCAUCGCUCGCCAGGAGGAAAGUUUUCUGCCCAGAGAACUGAAAGGAGAACCCUACUGCAGCGCUCUUUCGCUUGACACCACAGAGCAAUUGACCUUUGAGAUCCCUCUGAAUGACUCGGGUUCGGCCGGACUUGGUGUGAGCUUAAAGGGCAACAAAUCUCGAGAGACUGGGGCUGACCUGGGGAUCUUCAUCAAAUCCAUCAUCCACGGAGGUGCUGCUUACAAGGAUGGACGGCUGCGAAUAAAUGACCAGCUGAUUGCAGUGAAUGGGGAAUCCCUGCUUGGAAAAUCCAACCAUGAAGCUAUGGAGACCUUGAGGCGUUCUAUGUCCAUGGAAGGAAACAUUCGUGGGAUGAUCCAGCUAGUGGUUCUCAGAAGGCUGGACAGGCAAACAGAAGCAGAGACUGCUGGACCAUUUCCAAAACUGGAUCUUGAGGGAAACGUUAAUUUUACAACCAUUCCGAGACGGAGUGAUGCUGCUGUCCAGUGUUUUGUAUCAUGCUGCCCUCAGGAGAGGUUGAAAGAGCUUUAUACAUCUGAGAGUGGCGUUGCUGAAAAUGAAAUCCCACCCCCUUUGCCUCCACAUCCUUCUGAUGAGCUGCUUGCAGAUUAUAAUCAAAGCUCAGUCGCAGAUUCAGCAACAUACUUACGAGAUCAGCACAUCAACUUCAGAUCUUUGACACUGGCCAAGCAGACAGAAUCAAUUAAUCUGAAAGCCUCCAAAAGCAUGGAUCUUGUGCCAGAUGAAAGCAAUGUUUGCUUGUUGACUGAACAUAAACUAGCGUCUUCUGGAAAGGAUAUUGGUCCCACCCUGGGUUUAAAGAAGUCAAGCUCACUAGAGAGUCUUCAGACUGCUGUUGCUGAAGUGAAAAAGAAUGAGCUUCCAUUCUAUAGGCCCAGGCCUCACAUGGUUCGUGGCAGAGGAUGCAAUGAGAGUUUUCGAGCUGCUAUUGACAAAUCUUAUGAUGGACCUGAAGAUAUGGCAGAAGAUGGUCCGUCUGAUAAAAGCUCUCUCUCGGAUCAGGAAGCUCAUAACUUUGAAUCAGCCCUUCACAUGAAGGUUGAGUUAGAGGAUGUGGAAGCCAAGGCGAAGAAACACAAGAAGGCAAAAGAAAAAAUGAAAGAUAAGAAUAAAAAAGCAAAUCUGAAGCUCAAAUCUAAAGCGAAAGAAAAGGACAAGAAGGAAGACAAUGAAGAUCCAGAAAGAAAAACAAAGAAGAAAGGUUUGGGUGCCAUGUUGAGGUUUGGCAAGAAAAAAGAAGAGAAAGGUGCCAAAGGUGAUCAGAAGGGAAACUCCAAGCAUGGCACCCUCAGAGAAGAGGACCUGGAAAAGAUGAAGGAGGAGAGGGAGAGGAUUGGUGCGAAACACCAGGAGCUGCGGCAGAAGCAGGCCAGGGGGCUUGCCGAGUAUUCCCCUGGCCCCGUGGGCCCUCCGCCUGAUAUUGACGACGACGAGACAGACCCCAAUUACGCACAAGUCAAUCACUUCCGAGAAAUGUACCCACCUGCCAGCGCUUACAGGCCGUCUUCUCCACCUGUGUCGGAAAACUUUGGGUGUGACAGCCCUCCAGUGCCAGUGGACAGGGACCACCUUGAAGGACUGUAUGCGAGGAUAAACAAGCCGUCUCAUCAGCCUGCUCCUGUGGAGAGUGACCAUCCACCUGUUGGAACUGCAGACCGCAUCCAGAAGUUACGGAAGGAGUACCAUCAAGCAAGACGAGAAGGCUUACCUUUUUACGACGAAGAGGAGGGCAGAGGAAGACCAUCUGAUUAUGAUCAGCACUGGGUGCCUGGAAAAACUCCAGAUGGGACUUCGCACCAUCUCCAGUUUGAGGGAAGAGAAAGACAAUAUGCCUCCUUACCCAGGUAACUUCUGUUUUAGAUUUAC